UAAACCCAGGAAAAAUACACGAUAUAUAAAACUAAUAUUCAAUAUCUCCCCCCAUAGCUCAUACAAAGCUAAUAACAAUCCCAAAAUUAACUUCAAUUAAAUAAUAUUAAUAAUAAUGGCCAGCGGUGGAAAAGUUUCAUUCAAGGUUACGCUGACCUCCGAUCCGAAGCUCCCAUUCAAAGUGUUUAGCGUUCCUGAAGCUGCUCCCUUCACCGCCGUUCUGAAAUUCGCAGCCGAGGAAUUCAAGGUCCCUCCACAAACCAGCGCUAUUAUCACCAACGAUGGUGUAGGAAUCAAUCCUCAGCAAAGUGCAGGCAAUGUCUUCCUCAAACAUGGUUCUGAGCUACGAUUGAUUCCCCGUGAUCGGGUUGGAGCUUAUAGGAUGGAGGAAUCUGUGGGAUCAUUGGAGUAAAGAGACUAGUCCAUCUCCUUUGGUUGAUUUAAAUCUGUUUUCUUGAGUUUGUAUACUCUUUUUAUCAUGUUGGGAGCAUAGUGAAGUCUUUCUGUGCAUCAUACUCCUUUUAUAACAUAGACAUUGUGAUAUGAAAGUUUCUGUAAUGGAUGUAGUAUUCUAUA